AUGGCUGGAAGAGCCGCUGGAAGUAGGAAAAGGCUGGAUACUCAGCACAUCCAAUUGACGCCCUCUCCAUUUCUGGUGGGUCUGCCGCAGACCCAGGGUUCUGCCGCUCCUCCGUCUCCACCAUCUCCCACACAGUCUUUUCCUUCAACCUCAUUCAAUCGUCCUACGCCAUUCGGAUCCCCAGAUAGUCAUGAACAUACUUCUCCACCAUGGUUGACGCCGUACCCGACCUCUCCGAACCGAAUUGAGGCAGAUUUGCCAUUGUCGACUGGUAUUAUAGUAGAAGAACGCUUUCGCAGGCCUUCUGUUUCGCGUCCUUUACCACCUUAUCCUUCUCCGCCUCCGCGUGGACACGUCCCACUGCUCGACACGAAGUUGGGUGCUGUGCAAGUUCAGCCGACAACAUAUCUCCCAACGCCAACACAGUCACCUCUGGCCUCGAGCACCACCCUAGGCCUGACACAGUCCUUCUCACCCAGCUCAGCGACCCUAUCAAGUUUACCAGCUCUGGGGGAAUCAGGAAUGUUUCAACCAUGGGUAGACCCACGCUCGGUCGAUCUACACAAGCAGUCACCAUAUCACUCGCCUCCUUCCUCACCACCUUCAAUCGUGUCAGGUCUUACAGGAUUAUCAAGUCCUCGUUCUCAGUCGGCUACGCUAGACGUUCCGCGCUUCCUUGCCCCGUCGACUCACUCCGGCUCUUCCGAAGAAGAAUUUGUUCCCCGCCCAACCCCGUUCGUUUAUCCCUCUGCCCGCACACGUGCUCGACCAGGUCAAAACAAGGCCACACAACAGAAAGGCCCCAUAGCAUCCAUACAAGUCCUCCCACCAGGGACACCCCUUCCACCAGAGGGAAUCUUUACCGCUGCCCCCUCGCCACCACCAGAUGUACAGUCAUUUCCACCAGAAAUACGGACAGCUCGACCAGGUUCCGACCGAUCGAGCAAGUCCAUGUCUACUAUAACCGCGCCGAACAACGAUAUGGCACUUGAUCUACAUAAAUCGACGCAAACGCCUCAGGAGCCGCAGCCGUUUUAUUUUCCUUCUGCCCGUACUCGUGCACACCCAAAGGCUCCUGGUAUACAUCUCGGAAAAGGGAAAAAGAAGGAAGUACUGCCUGGUGGUAAUAGCUCCAAGGGUGGCUUUUUGGGCUUAGGUUCGAAAAGCAGGAAGUCACGCACAUCUUCACAACAUUCCAUAUCUUUGGAACCUGGAGGUUUAUUGUUAUCUCGAGACCAACCCGCCUCUCAAGCCACUACACCAACAUCGCCUCGUAGCCCUGUUCAAGACAGGUUGGACGAGGCCGAAGCCAGCGAUAGACAAGGCGUUAAUCGUUCUCCCAGUCAGCCGUCUGUGCAAAGAAUCGGAGCGUAUCCACUGGACUCGUAUGAUACCGCCUUGAUGGAAAGUGAUCGUCAAACAUGGGAGCUCAUUCGAAAGCUUGAUCGAACCUAUGGCGGACCCUCUUUUCAUGGCUAUGGGGAUCACCCUCCUCCGACUGUCCUCGAUCUAGGCUGUGGUGCAGGCUGGUGGGUGCUUGAUGCCGCUAUGUCAUGGCGGAAAGCGGGCACGCAAAUUGUUGGCUUUGAUAUGAUGGAUACCAUGCGUGCCACAAUGUCUACCGCGCAGCGGCAAGGUCUCGCUCACAACAUCAAAUUCGUCCGAGGCAACUUCGUUCAAGAUCCAUUGCCAUUCUCUGAUGGGUCAUUCGAGCUCGUUCGAAUGGCAAACCUGUCGCUCUGCAUCCCUCACUCUCGUUGGGAGUUCGUUCUCAGUGAGGUCAAACGAGUACUUGCGGUUGGCGGACGCCUGGAAUACAUCGACGACCACGUUUUCUUCCCUUAUGGAAAACCCUCUGCCUCGGUUGAAGAUCUUCCUAUUCAUGGUUUGGCCAAAGUACGCUUGGGUGAUCAGAACGAUAAAGACAGUAUUAUUUACAACAUUUCUGCCCAAGAAAUUCGUCCCCAAGCUGAAACAUCAACGGACCAUGACCCAGCUCCUUACGCUGCUAUACCCUCUGGUUCCGCUGCAGAAUGGCAUGAACGCGCGCAAAAUGCGCGAGAUCUUGAAGCACUCUUCGAAAACAUGCUGGGCUUCAGGUUUGGCAUCCAUCCUCGACCGGCGGAGUUCGUUUUUGAGCUAUUGCGGCGUGUUUUUGGAGGCGUCAAGGAGAUUGCAACGAUGCAUUUGACUCUAGCUCCGUCAGAGCAUCACAUCGACGACGAAGAGCAGCAUUCCGAACAAGAUGACGUAUUGGUUCAGAGUCCUGGUUUGAUUCUGUGGCCGUCAACUGUCGUGCCAAUGACUCCAACGGAGUUGGAGGCAAACACUUCCAAGCAUCAACGUCUAUUGUUAUCAUGCAAGACAGUGCUUGCAGACUACGCCGCAGAAGUGACAGACGACGGAGAUGAUGAUGAUGCGGCGCGAGAUGCGACAAUGGAGGCGCUGUGGGAGUACCACAAUUUUUUGCGAGAUCGCUUCAAUCCGCCCACUACGUACGACUCCUUGGGAACUGCCGACGAAACUACGAGUCUUUAUUCUGAAGAGCUAGACGACAUAGCGGAGUACCAAAGUGAACUCCAAACCCACUACGAGUGGGCAUCUGAGCCUGCUACACCACAACCACUACCUUCUCCUGCAAUAACACUCACAAGUCCCGUCAUACCUACGACAUCACCUCGAACUGCAUUAGCUCCAAUACCGCCGCAUCUCGUUGUUCCCCCUCCCCCAACCUCCCCUCCUCCGGUUCCACCCCCGAUUACCCAACCUAUACGACCCCCACUGUCUUCAAUUUCUCAUCCGAUAAUACAGCCACCCUCACCUUCGUUUUCAACGCGGAAAACAUCUCUGAAAAGUCCAGUUGUCAGAGGCAGGGCAAGAGCACCGAGUAUGAUAUCAACACAUACCACUGCGCCGCCGUAUUCCCGUGUCGAGUUGACUCAUGUUCGGACUUUUCAUGUCUAUGAAGCUAUCAAGCACUCUGAUGGCAGGUUUCCAAUUACUGUAAAGAAUAAAAGUAGUGCCCAGCUUACAAGUACAUCCCAAUAA